AUGCGUACACCAUACAUUGGAGGAAACUGGAAGUGCAACGGAACUGUUGAAUCAAUCAAACAACUUGUCCAAGAUUUAAAUCAAGGACCUUCAACUGAAGGAAAAGUUGAAGUUAUUGUUGCUCCAUCAUCUAUCCACAUUGGUCUUGUUCAAUCACUUAACUUGAGAAAAGAUUGGAAGAUCAGUGCUCAAAAUAUUGUUCAAGAAAAGAACGGUGGAGCCUUUACUGGUGAAAUCAGUGCUUCAAUGUUGAAGGAUUUAGGUAUCGAUAGUACUCUUCUUGGUCAUAGUGAACGUCGACAUGUUUUUGGUGAGUCAAACACUGUUAUUGCCAAGAAGGUAAAGGUUUCAGAGGAAGUUGGCUUGACAAUUAUUGGAUGUGUUGGUGAAACUUUAGAAGAAAGGGAAAGAGGAGAAACCAAUCAAGUCAUUACCUCACAAUUGAAGGAUUUCAAUGUUACUAAUUGGGACAAGUUUGUUAUUGCUUAUGAACCUGUAUGGGCCAUCGGAACUGGUAAAACAGCCUCUCCUCAACAAGCACAAGAAGCUCACAAGGUUUUGAGAGAUUGGUUGGCUGAUAAUGUAAAUUCCGAAGUUGCUCAAAAAGUCAGAAUUAUCUAUGGUGGUAGUGUAAAUAGUGCCAACUCUGAUGAACUUAUUAAGCAACCAGAUAUUGAUGGAUUCCUUGUUGGUGGUGCAUCCCUCAAGAGCAAGGACUUCUUGUCAAUUGUUAAUUCUGGUUUGAAAAGUGUCGAAUGA